AUGUCUCGCGCUUUCUCGACCGCUGCCCGUAGCCUUCUCAGGAUCAUCUGGAAAGGAUCCGAAGCGAUUCCGAAGUAUGACGAGAUGAUCAAAGAGAAAAUUCAAAGCAACCCAAAGCUCAAUGGAAGAGCUGAGAGAGUCGAACUAGCGUUGGUUUUACUAGCUGUGCAGAUCAAGACAAAUGGUACGGAGCAUGUUUCGAAUAAAGACAGCAAGUUACGGGUGUCCGGACAGAUAUAUACUGAGGAUGGAGCUCGUCUCACUUCGGGUCAUUGGUAUCAUGAUGGUCAAGUGAGCUAUUCAAAGGAGCCAUAUAAUGAGACAAAAUAA